GUUCAAUGCUCAGGCUUUUCUCUCGCGAGGAAGGACGCCAUUAUCGGAAUCCUCACAAACAACACGAGAAUUCAUCAUUCACACGAUUUAAAUGAUGUCAGAGCAAGAUUUGGUGGAGAUAGUCCAGAUUGCAGUGGCAGAUUUGAAUCAUGAGGGUCACCAAGCAGAUGUCCUGGAGAAUAAUGAAGAAGCUGACCAACCUGUGAGGAAACGAUCAAGAAUGGACAUUAAUCAAGAGACAUCAGUUAAGUCGCUGCUGGUAUCCAUCAGUCAGGCUAUCUGUCAGCGGCUUGACAGUAUGGAGGCUAAGCUGCAGGUUCUAGAGGCCACUUGUCGAGGGUUAGUGGAGAAACUGGACAUAGUGAUGGGGAAGAACCCGGCAAUGAUCCAGGUGCCCAUGGUGGCUGGAUCCCCAUUUGGAGCCACUCAGACUUGCGACAAAGUACGCUGUGUUGUUUCCCAGACAAACGUCGUAGUGAGUGGAGAGAAGCAGAAGACACAACGAGAGGAGAUGAUUCCACACACCUCUGACUCUUUAGAGAACUUACUGAGCAAUACUGUUGGACGGGGGAAACAGAAAACCAUUGUGCUGAAGGUUCCAGUCCAGGAAGAGAUUCAGGAGGACCAGGAAAGCGGUUCUGAAACGAGUGACAUGUCCAACAGCGGCCAACCGUCAUCUCAGAAUGCAAACAACGUAACGCUCAUCACUCUGAAUUCAGAGGAGGACUAUCCAACAGGGACGUGGCUGGGUGACGAAAACAAUCCAGAGAUGCGUGUACGCUGCCCGGUGUCUCCUGCCGACAUGCUACACAUCAGCACCAACUGUCGCACAGCGGAGAAGAUGGCCCUGACGUUGCUCGACUACCUUUUCCACCGUGAAGUGCAAGCCGUCUCCAACCUCUCCGGCCUGGGCAAACACGGCAAGAAACAGCUGGACCCACUCAUGAUCUACGGCAUUCGAUGUCACCUGUUCCACAAGUUCACUAUUACUGAGUCGGACUGGUAUCGCAUCAAGCAAAGCAUCGAUUCCAAGUGUCGCACCGCUUGGCGUCGGAAGCAAAGGGGACAAAGUCUUGCCGUCAAAAGUUUCUCCCGACGGACUCCUGCCUCGCAGAACAGCUCAGAUGGAGUUUCGGCAGCUGAGACGUCGGCUAUCGAGACCUCUACACAGCAGGCCUUGCACUACGCCCUGGCUGGUGCUGCACAACAAGUACAGAUCCACCGUUUUGGAGAAGACGGGCAGGUGCAAGUUAUCCCACAGGGACACCUCCACAUUGCACAGGUGCCACAGGGUGAACAGGUGCAGAUCACACAGGACAGCGAGGGCAACCUACAGAUCCACCAAGUGCAUGUUGGACAAGAUGGACAAGUAAAUGUUCUAAGAGGAACGCAGCUCAUUGCUGUGGCAUCGGCCGAUGGGACCAGCGGAGUUGACACAUCUCCUCUGCAAGCUAAUGAUAUUCAGGUUCAAUACGUCCAGCUUGGAGCAGUCACUGACCACACCGGCACAGUACAAGCAGAUGCUCUGACUCCAACGCUGCAGGAGGAGAUUGAUGUUAAGGAAGCCAUUCAGCUCCAACAAAGUGAGAAUGGUGAGAUGGUCCAGAUCCAGGUGCCCAUGAACACCAUCGGCACAUGAGAUGCUCACGCAAACGUAAAACAAAUAUUCAGCGAGAACAUGGAGCAGGUGAAACCAAGUAGAGUGGGCGCUCAAGCUCUCUAAUUCUCAAACAAAAACCAUCAUCUUCAGACAACAAUUAUUGGUGAAAUCCAUGUAAAGCAAAUGCAAUUGUUUUAUGUGUCAGCUCUUUUGGAAACUACUGGUAGUCCCCCACCAAUAACAGUAAUAGCAUCCAAUCUGCUUAUUAACAUAUAAGCAAUGUUGGCUUCAAUGCUGUGGCUCAUCAAAUAUCUUGGGCUCCUGUCACAGUGCAGAACAACAUGGAAAAAUACCUUUUCGUCUUUGGUCUAUCUUUGCAGUACCUCUUAAGCAAAGAACAGGGAUGUUCAACUAGAUAUUGGAGCAAACUGUCAGGGUUCAAACUGAUAAUGUAAUACCCAGUUGAAAUGAACUGUCCUUCUCAUAAUUUUAGUACAUGUGCAUUACACUUUCUGUUGUCUCCAUACGAACCAGCAACAUUGUAAGAUAUGUGUUGAUUCAUAACUCUAGAUUUUACAGUUCUCCUUUUUGAUUGUGUGUGUGUGUUAGUGGGGCAAUUGGGGAUUAUUUAAGGAUGUCCCUUCUCCCUCAUCAAUAUAUGAUUUGUUUUCAGAAUGGUUAGCCCAGAUAAUGUUUGUUUCACAUUUGUUUAUUGUACAAAAAAAACUACUGAAAGUUUUGUGGAGCUUAUGUAGAGCAGUUUACUAAAACACAACAAAAAUGUGAUAAUGUAGUAUAUGAAUUAUGUACUUUUCACACACACACACACACACAUAUAUAUAUAUAUAUAUAUAUAUAUAUGUGUGUGUGUGUGUGUGUGUGUGUGUGUGUGUGUGUGUGUGUGAAGGAUUUGUUCAAAAUGAAUAAAUGACUGUUGUUUCCAUAUAUAGGAUCCUGAGUUUUCUAUGCAACAGUAACAAUAACUGUCAGACCAAAUGUAAAGGACUAAAGUCCCUUUCAAGGCAGUUCACCUGGUGGCCGUCUUUGGAAUGCUCUCAUGCAGCUGUUUUCUAUCCAUGCAACCAGAAUAAAAGUAAAGCUCCUAUCUACUUGUAUGGGAAAGACAAAAUCACCAAAAUGGUUGGUCAAGAUUACGAUCAAAGAACAUGUUUCAAAUCAGCAGUGAAGUCUGACAACAAUAGUCUCAUAAACUGCUUUAACCCAGAUCACGGCAAAAAAAAAAUAUAUAUAUAUAUACAUGUUUAUUUUUUUAGGGUGGUUCAGCUAAUGCGCAGGAGCUUUCUUGAGUUAACUGACAGAUGAUGUCUGUUUCUGAAAGGGGAUUGGCUCUUAUACCUUUAAGGUGGGACUUUCUACAUCUGCCAUGUUGGGCGUUCCAAUUUCUACUGAUUUUGUUCAAGCGCUCUGUCUCAGGCUCGAUAGUCUCUGGUAGGACCCAGGUUUUGGCAGAUUAUGUGUAUAUUUGGAAUGGCAUUCUAUCUUACUACUCACUAUUUUUGCAGUGUGCAGAUGUAAUGUAUACUGGGGAUAUUUUACAUUUUCUGUAUGCAUGUAAAAACAGGAGGACUUACAACAUUUGCCAAAAUCUGCAGUAUACAACCUGAUGAUCCAAAAAUAAGAUGACUAUAAAAAUAAUAGGUGAACAGACAAAAUAUACAUGAAAUAUGCUUGUUGCUGUAUUCUUGGAGGUUUUGUUUUUGAGGCAAUGAAAAAAUUAUUAUAAAGCAAUGCACACACUUGAUGAGUGUAUGCAGGAGGACACAGGAGAGUGGUUUCUUCACAAGUAAGGCUUUAAUUAAUAAAAUCCUGCGCUUUACAGCUUCACAAUAACUCAUCAGCUUCACAAUAACUCAUCAGCUUCACAAUAAAAAUGAAUCAGUUUCACAACAAUAACUCAUCAGCUUCACAAUAACUCAUCAGCUUCACAAUAACUCAUCAGCUUCACAAUAAAAAUGAAUCAGUUUCACAACAAUAACUCAUCAGCUUCACAAUAUGGUCUUUUGUCCAUGAAUCUCUCUGCAUCUUGUCGGUGGCGUGGUCCUUUUAUACCGCUCUCACCAAACUCACUGCAAUUAGAAACAGGUGUUAAUCAUAAUCUGGCUCAGGUGUAUGCACCCUUACCGCUUUCUCUCUCUCUGGGCGGAUGCUGGACCACGACCCCGCUGCCACAUAAGUAUUUCAGGUUUAUUUACAGUGUAAGUUACAGAAAUACUCAAACCAGCCCAUCUGGUUAAUGUUCACAUCAACCAGCAGAAUGGGGAAACAUUUUUAUCUCAGUGAUUUAGACCAUGGCAUGCUUGGUGAAUAGUAUCUCAGAAUGUCGAACAUGUCGACAUGUCGAACCGUGAGGCUCAUUGGCUGCAACAGCAGAAGACCAUGUUGGGUUCCACUUCUGUCAGUCAAGAACAGAAAACUGAGGCUAAAGUGGGCCUACCAUUUGUGUACCUCAGCAGAAAUCAGAUUUUUCAGACCAGGCAAUGUUUUUCCAAUUGUCCACUGUCCAGUUUUGGUGAGCCUGUGCCCACUGCAGCCUCAAUUUCCUGUUCUUUGCUGACAGUAGUGGUACCCGGAGGGGUCUUCUGCUGCUGUAGCCCAUCCGCCUCAAUGUUCGACAUGUAUGUUCAGAAAUGCUUUUCUGCAUAGUACUGUUGUAACAUGUUUAUUUGGGUUACUGUUACCUUCCAGUCAGCUUUGACCAGUUUGGCCAUUUUCAUCCACAGAACUGCCACUGACUGUUUUUCUGUCUCUCACACCAUUGUAAAAAGCUUCAAUAAAGAAAAAACGAACCCUAGUAACCGUGUCCUAACAUGCAAACUUUAACCAUGCAAAUUGGCUGAUAUUCCAAUGCAAAACAAACUUUUAAGAACUAAAAUUGUUUUAUAAAUGUUUUCCCCACACACACUGAGUUCAGCCAAUCUAAUAAUGUGACUAAAUUCAGUAUUCUUUAAAAUAUAUCAAUAUAAGUUAUUGGGACACAUGAUUAGCAUGCUCAUUUCCCAUUCUGAACAUAGCAAUUAUGCAUUAACAGUGUUGCAAGUUGAGCGUCAGUGGUAAUUGUGUGUUUAGGCUUUCAAAGGUCAUCAGGCAUUGUGGUUUAAGAUGAUUUCAAGCUAAUGAGUGGGUGUGAUAGCAACCAGCUAGAUUUCUUUAAUAUAUGUUUGUUACUCUGUGUUUGUUCAGUAUUUAUGCGGAUUUGGUUCAGUUGACCAGAACAGCAUAGUGAGAGUCUUGAGACUGUUUUAGUUCUCAUAGCUCACAGCAUAUUCUCUCUGAGCCCCCAAAACUCCCACUCAAACUCCCUCAUCUCUAAUGGGACCUAGUUAGCCUCUCCUCUUUUAUGAGAGAUGGAUGGAAUAUCACAGAUUGUAACCACUGGGCCGGUUGUCAUGGCGAAAGUACAAGACGCACUCUUGAGUUGCUAACUCAUCCUUUCCCGCUGUGGUGGGUUUUCAUCAAAUGUAUCCGUUGGAUUAUUUGUGUCUGAAGGGCAGGGCGAGGAAAAUAAAAAACAUUUUUGGAGCUUUGUUGAGUGUUCCCACGCACCCUAAAACAUAAUGGUGUAUUUUGGAACGUGCACAGAAAGCAGGCCUUUGAAACGCUGAUAACAUUUCUCCUUUUUGCUUUGUUUUUCUUUCUGUCUCAAAGUCUUUGAUUAGCUCUCUUGUACUCCAUCCAUAAUAUCUCAGAUUCCUAUUUUUCUCACAUGUUCUCUUCCAUUAAUUUCUCUGCAUUUCCUUUGUUUCUUCCCUGCAAUUCUGUAUUGGUCUUGUCUGAAUAAUAUCAAUUGAUCGCUAUGUUUGUUUCCCCUAACAGAUUUGAACUUUUAGAUUAACAAGCCAUUCAAAGUGCAAAUAUAAUCAAAUACAGAUAAAGAGUGUACGUGAAACUGCUUGAAACGUGUUUUGAAGUUUAAUUUUAUGGUGUUGAGGAUCUGUGCUAAAGUGUCUAAUGACUGUCUUAGCUAGAAAAUAUAACUGUAACCACACCACAUUAUUGUCAGUCAGUAUUUUUGAAUUUUGUGCCAAGAACAUGGUGGUCCACAGAAAACAACCAUAAAAAAACAUUAAAAACCCAUUAAAUUUUUUUCUUUUUUUAAGAAUUUCUGAAAAAACAAA